AUAAAAGUUUCACGUUUUCAGCAAAACCCUAAAACAAAAAACCCAAUCGCACCCCGACCCUCCUCCUUCCCCAAAGCAAGAAGAGGCUCGAAAAGCGGAAGAGGUAAUCUCGUCUUCCCGGUCUCCGGCCGAGGUGAUUUCGAUCUCCGUUCGCUCGAAUCCCAGAACCCUUUUCGCAUUGCACCCGUCACCGCGCUUCGAUCCAUUCCGAUCCCACAAAUGUUCAGAGUUUCAGCUAAAAAUCUCUUCUUGUUCGCCCAAAGGCGCUUUCUUGAAACGUCCGCCGCACUCCCUAAACCUCCGAAAUCGCCGCCGCCGCCGCCGCCGCCGUUGGUUGAGUGUCUCGUGAAAUCGCUGGAUCUUCCUGUGGAGUCCGCCGUUUCCGUCUCUCAGAAAGUCGGUGCCCACCGGGAUGGCGUUAAUAAGGCCGAUGCCGUGCUCAGGUUCUUGCGUUCCCACGGAUUCGGCAAAGCGCAGAUCGCCAAAUUAGUCACCAAUGGACCGGCGCUCCUCCUGUCGAAUGUGGAAUCGAAUCUCAAGCCCAAGUUGGAGUAUUUCCGCGAGAUCGGGUUAUCGGAAUCGGUCUUGCUCGGUACCAUAGCUGGGAACAGUAGGUUCUUUGGUAGAAGCUUGGAUUCGUACUAUAAGCCGCAGAUUGAUUUCCUCAAGAAGUAUCUCAGGACCUCCAGCGCGUUGGAUAUUGCGAUCAAGCGCUGUUCUUGGCUUUUGACUGUCGACCGCAGGUAUUUUUUGGAACCUAAUAUCGAUCUCUUGAUGAGGGAGGGAGUGAGAUUCGAUGAUGUAGUGCUUCUGAUGAUGUACCAACCUAGGACAUUAGUGAUGAAGGUUGAGAAGAUGGCUGCUUUUGUUGAAUCCGUUAAAGGUCUUGGAAUGGAACCGUCCUCUCCGAAGUUCAUACAUGGUCUCAGGGCGAUGUCGUCCAUGACUGAAUCGACGUGGAAUAAAAAGGUGGAGAAUUUCAAGAGCUUGGGUUGGUCUCAAGAGGAUUUCUUGUCCAUGUUCGUGCGCCACCCACACUGUUUGGCUCUUUCCGAAAAGAAGAUUAAGAGGACAUUGGAUUUUUAUCUGAACACAGCAUCUAUAGCCCUAGAGAUUAUAGUCAGGCAGCCUCUACUUCUUCAGUUUUCAGUCGACAAAAGGCUUCAGCCGAGGCAUAAUGUGAUUACAUUUUUGUCAUCCAUGGGCCUUCUUAAAAGGGACAAACCCAUUGUAACGCCAUUUAAACUGACCGAGGAGUUGUUCAUGAAGAGAUACGUGAUGAAGCAUGUGGAGAAAGUUCCACAUCUGAUGGAGAUUUAUAAGGGCUCUGCCACUGCAGAAAUUAGUACCCGCGAACGGUUCCUGCUCCCCAAAAUGUUCAACCUUUCGGUUAAAAAUCUCAUCUUGUUCGCCCAAGAACGCUCUCUGGCAACCUCGGCCGCGCUCCUUAAACCCCUGAAAUCGUCCUCGUCUUCGCCCUCCUCGUCGCCGCUGAUUGAUCGUCUCGUGAAAUCGCUCGAUCUUCCUUUGGAGUCCGCCGUUUCGAUCUCUCAGAAACUCGGUGCCCACCGAAAUGGCGUCGAAAGAGCCGAUUCCGUGAUUGGGUUCCUGCGUUCCUUCGGAUUCGGUAAAGCGCAGAUCGCGAAAUUGGUCACUAAUGGCCCGUCGCUCCUCCUGUCGAACGUGGAAUCGACCCUCAAGCCGAAAUUGGAGUAUAUCCGUGGGGUCGGAUUAUCGGAUUCGAUCUUGAUCAAGACGAUUGCUGGGAACAGUAGGUUCUUUACUAGAAGCUUGGAUUCGUACUAUAAGCCGCAGAUUGAUUUCCUCAAGAAGUAUCUCAGGACCUCUGACGGGUUGGAUAUCGCGAUUAAGCGCUGUUCGUGGCUUUUGACUAGUAAUCACAAGUAUGCUUUGGAGCCUAACAUCGAUCUUCUGAUAAGGGAGGGAGUGAGAUCGGAGGAUGUGUCGUAUCUGAUGGUGUGUCAACCCAGUGCACUGGUGAUGAAUGUCGAGAAGAUGGCUUCAUCGGUCAAGGCACUUAAAAGUUUCGGGAUGGAAGCGUCCUCUUCGAAUUUCAUACAUGGUCUCAGGGUGAUGUCGUCGAUGAAGGAGUCGACCCGGAAUAAGAAGGUAGAGAAUUUCAAGAGCUUGGGUUGGUCUCAAGAGGAGUGCCGGUCCAUGUUUGCUCGUUGCCCGCUCUGUUUGGCUUUUUCCGAGAAGAAGAUUAGGAGGACAGUGGAUUUUUAUCUGAACACGGCAUCUAUAGCUCGAGAGGUUAUAGUCAGGCAGCCUCUACUUCUUCAGUUUUCAGUCGACAAAAGGCUUCGGCCAAGGCAUAAUGUGAUUACAUUUUUGUCAUCCAUGGGCCUUCUUAAAAGGGACAAACCCGUUGUAACGCCAUUUAGACUAACCGAGGAGUUGUUUGUGAAGAGAUACGUGAUGAAGCAUGCGGAGCAAGUUCCGCAUCUGAUGGAGAUAUAUAAGGGCUCCGCCCCUGCACAAGUUAGUAUCUAAUGCAAAUCAGUUGAUCUUUUCUACACAAGCUUAUUGUCAUGUUCGUUCCUGUCUAUUUGAUUGGAUGCCUGAGUGAAAGCUCCCAUCAAAGCCGGAGGCAACUCGAAACUCCUGGUGCACUUGUCUUGAAGUUUUUGUGAUAAGAGAUUGAAUUAGAAGAUGCGUGGAUCUGGCAUGAGCUGUGGGCCACAUUAGUUAUGAAGCUUGUGACGCCUUCGUGACAAGUUUAUGGAAGAUUUCUCGACGCGUGUAACCUAUCUCAUCGGUCAGAACAAGGUGUCUGAUUGCAUCUCAUUUGGAAGACAAAUGGGAUGUCAUUAGUUAUGAAGCUUGUGACGCCAUCGUGAUCCGAGAUAUAGGUUUGUUAAUUGAUGUGACGAGGGAAAAGGACUCAGCAAGGGCUCAUCUCUAGUUUCUAGUCGAGGCGGGUUGCAAUUAUACCGAUUAGUCAGUGUUAAAUGCAAAUACUUCUAUUUUCAUUU